CGAACCACCGUCUCGUGGAGAAAGCUCCCUCAAAACCCCCAAACCCUUUCGAUCGGCGGCAAUGGCGGCGCCGGCGGCCGACGAUGCCUCGGCAUCCCCAGGCUACGUCCUCCGCUCCACGCUCUCGGGCCACCGCCGCGCCGUCUCCACUGUCAAGUUCUCCCCCGACGGCCGCCUCCUCGCCUCCGCCUCCGCCGACAAGCUCCUCCGCGUGUGGUCCUCAUCCGAUCUCACCCCCGUCGCCGAGCUCGCGGGCCACGGCGAGGGCGUCUCCGACCUCUCCUUCUCCCCCGACGGCCGCCUCCUCGCCUCCGCCUCCGACGACCGCACCGUCCGCAUCUGGGACCUCGGCGCCGGCGGCGGGGCCCGCCUCGUCAAGACGCUCACGGGCCACACCAACUACGCCUUCUGCGUCGCCUUCAGCCCCCACGGGAACGUCCUCGCCUCGGGGUCCUUCGACGAGACGGUGCGCGUGUGGGAGGUCAGGUCCGGGAAGUGCCUCCGCGUGCUGCCGGCCCACUCUGAGCCCGUCACCGCCGUGGACUUCGAUCGCGAUGGCGCCAUGAUCGUGUCGGGUAGCUACGACGGACUCUGCCGCGUCUGGGACUCGGCUACCGGCCACUGCGUCAAAACCCUCAUCGACGACGAGAGCCCACCGGUGUCCUUUGCCAAGUUCUCGCCCAACGGCAAGUUUGUGCUCGCGGCAACACUGGAUAGCACCUUGAGGCUCUGGAAUUUCUCAGCUGGAAAGUUUCUGAAGACAUACACUGGCCAUAUUAACACAAAGUACUGCAUUCCAGCGGCAUUCUCAAUCACGAAUGGCAAGUAUAUUGUCAGCGGCUCGGAGGACAAAUGUGUCUACCUUUGGGACCUGCAGUCAAGAAAAAUAGUGCAGAAGCUGGAAGGCCAUACUGAUACUGUCAUUGCAGUUUCAUGCCACCCCAGGGAAAACAUGAUUGCCUCAGGAGCACUCGACAAUGACAAGACGGUGAAAGUCUGGGUCCAAAAGGAGGAUCAAUGAGCUGCCUGAUAUAUGGCUAUCUGUUUCGAUUGUCAUGUGGACCUGACUAAUGGUAAGUAAGCUAUUUAGCUUCCCAAGCAACUAAAAAUUGCUGCAGUGGAGAAUGUAAUGCUUCUGGGAUGUGUAAUCGAGUGUUUGUGUUGUCUGCUCAGCAGCGCGGCGAUGAUUCAAGUAACUGAACGUUCUGUAGAGCUAUUCCUGGGAUGAUGUAAGAAAAACUGAACCGAGACUUUAUUUUUGUCUUCUCGGGCUACUGAUCUUGGGAUACCGAGCUAUUUUGUUAUCCCGCUA